CUGCUGCAGCCCGCGCACCCGACGCCGUUCUACAUCGAGGACAUCCUGGGCCGUGGGCCCGCCGCGCCCACCCCUACGCCCACGCUGCCGUCCCCCAACUCCUCCUUCACCAGCCUCGUGUCCUCCUACCGGACCCCGGUGUACGAGCCCACGCCGAUCCACCCCGCCUUCUCGCACCACUCCGCCGCCGCACUGGCCGCCGCCUACGGACCUGGCGGCUUCGGGGGCCCUCUGUACCCCUUCCCGCGGUCGGUAAACGACUACACGCACGCCCUGCUCCGCCACGACCCCCUGGGCAAACCCCUACUAUGGAGCCCUUUCCUGCAGAGACCACUGCAUAAAAGGAAAGGCGGCCAGGUGAGGUUCUCCAAUGACCAGACCAUAGAGCUGGAGAAGAAGUUUGAGACCCAGAAAUACCUCUCCCCGCCCGAGAGAAAGCGUCUAGCCAAGAUGCUGCAGCUUAGCGAGAGGCAGGUCAAAACGUGGUUUCAGAAUCGACGCGCUAAAUGGAGAAGACUAAAACAGGAGAACCCUCAAAACAAUAAAAAAGAAGAACUAGAAAGUUUGGACAAUUCCUGCGACCAGAGGCAAGACAUAGCCAGUGAACAAAAUAAAGGUGCUUUGGAUAGCUCUCAGUGUUCGCCCUCCCCUGCCUCCCAGGAAGACCUUGAAUCAGAGAUUUCAGAGGAUUCUGAUCAGGAAGUGGACAUUGAGGGCGAUAAAGGCUAUUUUAAUGCUGGAUGAUGACCAUUGACAUUGGCAUGUUCAGAAAACUUGACUUGGGAAUAACAGUUGCUACAGAAAAUCUCCGUAGAUGAACUGGAAAACUAUAUGAGAAAGGGAAUCCAUUUUCUAGUAUUUUGGAAACCUAAAAUAUUCAGUGCACUGGCUAAAUAACAAACUCACAUUGAAACCUUAAUUUUGACUUAAAUAGUUUAUAUACUGAUUUUAGAUUGUAUGAUAAAGGGACUCUUCACUGAUUAAAUUCACCAUCUUUUAAAAAAAUGUUUUUCUAUUUAUAAAAAGUAAUUUUGAACUUUUUGGUUAAAUUCCUAAGUUAUAACUUUAAAGAUUUUAAUAGGGCCUUCUGGAAUGACUUUUCUAUAAUUUCUACAUCCCACUUAAUAGAAAAACAAAGAGGCCCCCCAAAUCCAGAGGUAUGCCUCGAAAUCAGGGCCCACAAUUUUAAAGGAAAUAUUCUUUUAUAUUACAUUCUUACACUGCUGCCUUAAAUCCAAAACCAUCUUAGAGAUCUUGUCUCGGGAACAUAUGUGUUCUUUUUGUCAGGGAGGUAUGGUUGAUAAUCUUAAAUGCUUGUUUUGCGCUAUGGCUUAGUACCUGUUUGACCAGGGUGUUAAGAGGAUAGUACAGUCCAGUUCAAGCAGAGAAACUGACUCAUCAGUGACUAAAAUUAAUCACAGAUGAACUAGACGUAGCAGGUUAAUUAAAUGUAAGUAGAUUGUAGAUAUGUGUUUUAUAUUAAACAGUGUUUAUAAUGUAUGUAUAUAUAAUUGUUCACUGUAAAGAAAAAUGGCCCAAAUGGUUUGUUUGCUUUUUUAAAUUCGUAACUUGUCUAUAAAAUAAAUCCAUCGGUGGGACGACUGACCUCA